CCGAGGCCGCAUGCCCGGUGCCGCGGGCGCCAUUGGCCGCCGCAGUCACAUGCCGGGCGGCGGCGGGGCUGCCGCUCCUCCCCGCCUCCAUCCCCGCCUGCCUGCCUCGGCCGCCAGCGCUGGGAGCGGCCGCGAUCGCACCAUGAGCACCCUCAAGGUCUACAGCACCUCGGUGACCGGCUCCCGGGAGAUCAAAUCCCAGCAGAGCGAGGUAACCCGAAUCCUCGACGGGAAGAACAUCAAGUACGAGCUGGUGGACAUCUCCCAGGACAACGCUCUGCGGGAGGAGAUGAGGGCCAAGGCGGGCAACCCCAAAGCCAUCCCACCCCAGAUCGUCAACGGGGACCAGUACUGCGGGGAUUACGAGCUCUUCGUGGAAGCUGUGGAGCAAAACACCCUGCAGGAGUUCCUGAAGUUGGCCUGAGCCCCGCUUCCCCUCCCAUCCUGGACUCUACCUGCAUUCCUGAGCGCCCUCAUCUCCGACCACCUUCACCUCCAGGCUGGCACCACCACCUGUAUCCCAGCACGGGGAAAAACCCACGACCAAAACUCCUCCUUGCAGCUGCCUCCGACUCCCUCCUGCCUCCCCCCGGUGUCAUCUCAGAGGGAUCCAAAGAAAGUUGACGCUCGCUGCUUGGCCUGUGAGCAGAGCUGGGCCUGGCUCACGGCAGCUUCCAGUGCCUCUGUAAACAGCAAAGCCUCCGGGGCCGUGCGAGGCCAUCCUGGCCCUCAGCCCCCUCCUCUGCCUCGCCAGGGCAGGGCUUAGGGCUGCACGGUGCUUCCCACUUCUCCCAGUUGCUGUGGAAAUUGUAAAUUCUGCUGCCUCACUUCCUUUUUUUUUUUUGUCUUCCCCCCCCAUUAUGGCAACUAAGUAAAGGGUUAGGGUGGUGGUUUUUUUUUUUUGUCUUAAUUUAAUGCAAAAAUACUGCACAGAAUUUGGGUGUGAGUGCCCACCUCGGUGGAGCUGGGGGCGAAGGCUGCCUGGGGAAUGGGUGGGGCUGGCAGUGGGAUCUGCUGCUCUGGCCACUCUCCACCCUGACCAGGCUCCCUGGGGAGCAUUAAUGGCUCAGGGCUGCCCCAGAACAGCUGAUGCUCCAGCUGUCCCAUCUUUCCUCUUUGUGUUGGCUUUUUUUUUGCAAUCCUGGACCAAGUGCAUUUUGUUUUUCCUGCCAAAAAGCAAGUUUAUAACCAGUGUUGUCUUCUGAGAUGCUAUUAAAUGUUACUGUACCUUUCA